CGCGGAAAGAGCAGCGCGAGGAUGCUCGGCUGCGAGGAGCGCGCGCACGGGAACUUCUGAUCUCACUCCACAGAUCAUUUGUUCAGCAUCUGGAUUAGAGAGAGAGGAUGCCUGUGCUGGAGAGAGAACCAUCCAGGGACAGCAAUGUCCUCCCUAAAUUACCCGUACCGGACCUUCAGCAAACCCUGUCUGCAUACCUGAAGUGUGUAAAACACCUCGUUCCUGAGGCCCAGUUCCAAAAAACCAAAGCCAUAGUGGAGAAGUUCGGCAAACCAGGAGGAACAGGAGAGAUCCUCCAGAAGAAACUGAUGGAGAGGAGAGAGAAGACCGAGAACUGGGUUUAUGAUUACUGGCUGGAGGACAUGUACCUGAACAACAGACUCGCACUCCCUGUCAACUCCAGUCCCGUCCUGGUGUUUCCCAAGCAGGACUUCAGGGACCGAGACGACUCCCUCAGAUUUGCUGCUCAUAUCGUCUCAGGAGUGAUGGAGUACAAAGCCAUGCUGGACAGGAGGGCUCUACCCCUGGAUUAUGCUCGAGGUCAGCAGGCUGGCAGUGAGCUGUGUAUGGAGCAGUAUUACCAUCUCUUUACAUCGUAUAGACGACCUGGACUGAAAAAAGACUCACUGAUUACACCGAGAAGCUCCGGAGCCGAGAAAACACCCAACCCCGGGCACGUUAUAGUGGCCUGCAACAACCAGUUCUUUGUGUUAAAUCUGAUGGAGAAAUCCGGGAGGCUGAACGAGAGCGAUGUUCUUACCCAGCUGGUCAGGAUCAGUAAAAUGGCGGAGAAGGUGGAGGAGAAACAUCCCCCCAUCGGCCUCUUCACCUCUGAUGGCCGGACCGAGUGGGCUAAAGCUAGAGACAUGCUGCUUAAAGACCCAGUGAACCGGGAGUCUCUGGAGCUGAUGGAGCGGUGUGUGUGUGUGCUGUGUCUGGAUGAGCCGACUGGGGUUCAGCCCACCGACUCCAACCGAGCGUUACUCAUGCUGCACGGCGGCGGCCAUGACAAGAACGGCGCCAACCGCUGGUACGACAAGUCCAUGCAGUUUGUCGUUGGUGCUGAUGGUGUGUGUGGAGUGGUGUGUGAACACUCACCAUUUGAGGGGAUCGUCAUGGUCCAGUGUACUGAAUUCCUCCUGAAUUACAUGAGCAGGAGCCCCAGUAAGCUGAUGAAAAGGUCGAGUGCGAGUGAUCUCCCAGCUCCUCAAAGACUCUCCUGGAAUUGUUCUUCUCAGACCCUGAGCAUGCUGUCGUCCUCCGCUAGCAACCUUCAGAGGCUUGUGAGAAACCUGGACAUGGAGGUUUUCACCUUCAGAGGUUAUGGCAAGGAGUUCAUCAAGAAGCAGAAAAUGAGUCCUGACGCUUACAUCCAGGUGGCGCUACAGCUGGCCUUCUAUAGAUGCACCAAGAGGCCGGUCUCCACCUACGAAAGCGCCUCCACUCGCUGCUUCCGUCAUGGCCGCGUCGACAACAUCCGCUCGUCUAGCGCAGAGGCGCUGCACUUCUCCGAAGCCAUGACAGAUGAGGGAGUGUGUGUGCAGGACUCAGAGAAGAUGGAGAGGCUGAGGAAGGCUGUAGACACUCAGACCCAGUACACGAAGAAGGCCAUUACUGGACUGGGAAUAGAUAAUCACCUGCUCGGCCUUCGGGAAAUGGCCAAGGAGCUGAAGAUGGAAACUCCGGAGAUUUUCACAGACGAGACGUACCUCCUCAGCAACCAGUUCAUCCUCUCCACCAGUCAGGUUCCUACAACAGUAGACAUGUUCUGCUGUUACGGCCCGGUGGUUGCUAAUGGUUACGGGGCGUGUUACAAUCCUCAGGCUGAACACAUCCUGUUCUGCGUGUCCAGUUUCCGUGAGUGUGUGUCCACGUCAUCUCUGGUGCUGGUGAAGGCUCUGGAGCAAGCCCUUACAGAUGUGAGGGAGCUGUGCAACAGAUGCAAUGCUGUCAGUCAGAAAGUGGGUGGGGCAAAGCCAGCCACGCCCAGGAUGUGA